AGGCCCGUCCCCCAAGUUCGGUUGAAGCGACUCUAUAAAUGUCCCCGGGAGUUUCCGAAAUCCACACUCGGUGACUUCAGCUGAACAAUGGUUAACAUGAGCUAUCACCAAUCUCUACAGAAACACGCACAGACACUAAAACCGAAACAACCGAGGAAAAGAAGUAAUAAAAAGAAAAGGAACUAUUGGGACAAAAUAUCGCCGACAACUCACAUUCAAACGUGAUUGACAAAAGACACUUAAAGGUGAGACACUUUUAUAGCUUUUUCAUUCCUCAUUCACAAGCUUUUUGUUGAUUUUAUGUGGAAAGGUUUUCACUGUUGAAUAUUAAAUAGGCUGAAUUUACUAAUCGGCAGAAACUUUCUCUCGUGUACUGGCAUGAUUUGAAAGCGCCGGGUGUUAUAUGUGCAGUUGCGCUCUUUGGCCACUGUGUGUCCUUACAGCACGCAUUGGUCGUAAAGUCACAUAUAAUAACGGGUCACCCAGAUAAAUCAGCUAUUCCCCGAAUCUCCACAGCGGGUGAUGUUGCAUGGAGUGCUGAUGUGUUGAAGCUCCUGGUAGAAGUAUCCAUGUCUGUUUUAUUUCAUCACCGUGGUACAGUGAGAGCAUUCUGACGUUUUUUCUAACACUUUUCCUGAUUUUUUUUGGUGUCGUCGGUCAGGUCUGGUGUGCUAGGUGUGGGAACAUAUCGUGUUGUGUCUGUGGAUAGCGACUGUUUGGUGCGAUGACUGCGGAGUGGAUGUACCCCCCUGGCGUGGGACCGCUUUGUGGUGCAGAGUUGGAGGCGUGGUAUGAAGACCUACAGGAUAUACUGGGCUCGGAUGCGGGUGGGGCCAAAAUUACGAGAGCCCCGCCUUGUUCCGAGAAGGAGCCGGAGUUCCUGGAUGUUUUGGAGAGCUGCUCGCUCACCUGGCUAACGGAUGGGCAGGUAUGGGGGGACGGUGUGCAGCGCGUGACGGACGAGCCGCCCAACCACCCGCCGGACGUCUGUGCGACUCCCCCAAGACAGGAGGAGCGGAGAGGAGGUGACACAGAGAGCUCGGGCGGGGGAGACCUUCUGCCCCCGGAGUUCUUCGAGCUCCUGAGCGACGGGGGCAUGGGGCUGGUGGACGCGGGGGCCGUGAUGGUCACCGGUGGUUACACAGUCUCGCAUCACCCGCCUUCGUCUCCGGCCGCCAGCGAGGAGGAGCUGGCGUCGACGGUUCCCGACGCUUCGUCCUGCUCCUCGGGGUCCCAGUCGCCCUCUUUCAACUGCUCACCCCCCUCCUCCCCUCCCCUGUCGCCUCCUGCCAGCGUCUCCUCGCGUUGGGGCAAGAGAAAGAGAGGAGGCGAGCGAGGAGGUUCUCUGUGCUCACCGUCCCCAGGGAAGAAAAGCAGGAGAGAGCGCGAGCAUGAGAACGAGAGGAAAGUGCAGGAACUGACGGAUCAGAACGAGCGUCUGAAGGCGGAGAUCGAGCGGCUCGGAGAGGAGGUGCAGAAGACGCGUAGAGCGCUCAUCGAGAGACUCGUCAACACCAGGAGGUGAAGAAGAAAGAGGAAACUUGUGAAGAGGGGUUGAAAGGAAGUGAACAAUCGGGCGGAAAUUUAUCUUGUGGGGACCAUGAAAUGCACAUUUAGAAGGAGCAGAGAAGACAAAAGACAUGUGGCACGGGGGGAGCGAGGGUCUCGAAGAGCGUCUCCCACCGAGAGUGAGAGAGAAAGUCAGAUGAAGCCAAAGACAAACAGAAGACGGGAAAGAUCGGACAUCAGGAGAACAUGUCUACGUCACAUUUCACUUCCAAAAUCCAAAUAAAAAACGUUCUUUUGCAUCAAGGAAACAAAACUUUUUUGAGAUCUGUUGAACUGAGAUAUUUUCAUGACAAUAAAGCCGUUUUGUACCUAAAAACAAAACCACGGUUUUAGGUAAUUUUAUUUAUUCAAAAUGUAAAAAAUCAUUCAAAUUGGCUAAACAUACUUUUUUGCAUUAAGAGAAUUUCAGCUCACAGCUGUGAGGAUGGGUUGUGCUGAAACUGUCAUGAAAAUAACAGCUCCAAAAUCUCCCGAGAAUAAAUGAAAUGUUCCUUAUGCAAAAUUACAAACAAUAUUUCUUCCUUUUUGAUUUUCGAGGUGAAAUAGGACCACACGUUUCUCCUGAGAUUUAUCAAAUAAUCUGAAUGAAAGUCGCUGUAAUGCAGGAUUUACACCCACCGUCACUUAACUGCAAAUAGGUUUAUCGGCUUUCCUUGUUAUGCGAUACUGAUUGUUUUAUACGGUGAGAAUGUAUCACAGUGGAUGCAAUAAAAUUAAACGACAGUUUUAAUGAACGAUUGCGAAGAACGUUUGUAUUUGUAACGGUGAUUGUAGAAACAAACCGAGGUGCAUUUCAUUGUAACCCAUCUGUUAAAGAAAGGGCUUAAAGAUGUAAAUUCAACCCUAGUUGAUAAAGAUUUGCAGUAGUAGCUCAGGACUGUUAAACAAAGAUUGUGUGAGCAGUUUCUUAUCUCCAACCAAGGCCUCUAACUGUGUGUGUGUGUGUGUGUGUGUGUGUGUUUGGAUGAAGAGUUUACAUGUGAAUGGAUGUUUACGGCGAUUUUGCUCUUACGUAUUUAUCAUUUUUUUUAGAUGUAGCCAUUUACACAAUCUGCCUCUAAUCCAUGAAUAUUUUUCUAUAUUACAUGCAUAUCAAAUCGUGUCAUUUAAUCAUCAUGUUUAAUCAUUAUAUUGUAGUUUAUUAAUACAAAUACACUUGCAUGCCGAAUUGCUGUAUUAGAGUAGACAAACAUUUUUAUCUGAAUUUCACUUAGACUUAAUACGAAAUUGUAAUACACAAGUUUUAUUAUUAAAAUUUUGAAACAAACUGAA